AUGCCUCGCACUGGCUUCGACCUCCGUCCAGUGCUCUCGCACCCGGGCUUCAUGCUCACGCUGCUCGUCGCGACCGCCGGCUUCUUUGCCGCCUUCAUCGGACAGAUCGUGCUAGAGUCAAAGUACCAGUCGUCUGAUGGAAAGGGAUCUGCUGUCGGAGUGCCUUGGUUCGGCAUCUUCCUCCAGCUCUUCCUCAACAUUGGCGUCUUCGUGACGCUUGCGACCGACAAUGUCGGCGCGAACCGCUUCCAGCUCUCGAUCUUCCUCGCUGUCGCUCUCGUCAUGGCUGUCAUCGGUGUCAACCUUGGCAUCUUCCAGGACUCGUCCUACCAGCUCGCCAUUGGCGCCGGCUGGCUGCUCGUCGCCAUGGUCGAUAUCCUCUGGAUCCUCUACUUCACCUCCUCGGACGACGCCUGGUUCGCCUCCUUCUUCGACAUCGGUUCCUCCAUGCACUUCUCCUCCCGCUCCUCCUCCUCCAACUUCCCCUCGCACCGUCGCGGCCCGUCCUCCCGCGCCGGCGGCUCGACGCUAGGCAUGUCCGGCCCCGCCGGAGGAGUCUCGUACCAAUCGUACCAGGGCAUCUCGAAGGGUGGUGCGGCGAGCGUUGCGGGAACGCAGGGGCCGGCGAGCGUCAGCGUGCAUGAUCUGCAGGUCGAGGGCAACAGUCCGGCUGGGACCGCGCCGAGCUUGAUGGGUGAGGGUGCGCCAGAGUACCAGGCGCCGGUGCUCAAGGCUCGCGCGCUUUACUCUUACUCGGCCUCCCCCGACGACCCCAACGAGAUCUCGUUCGCCAAGGGCGAGAUCCUCGACAUCCUCGACAACUCGGGCAAGUGGUGGCAAGCGCGCAAAACGGACGGGACCAAGGGCAUCGUCCCCUCCAACUACCUCUCGCUCCUCUAA